AUGCGACGCUGCACCAACAUCCAUCUUGAAGCCCUGCAAGCGGCCCUGCAAGCGGCCCUGCAAGCGGCCCUGCAAGCGGCGGCUACAGCCCUAUUAGGGCUCCAUAUUGAAGAGGACGGACGUGACCCGGGGGCCGCAGGGCGGCGGGGGCGGCGCGGGCGGCGCGGGCGUGCGGCGCGCACCUCGCCGCGGGGCCGGGCUCGGGCCGCCCCCCCGCCCCACGACGCGCCCCACGACGCGCCCCACGACGCGCCCCACGACGCGCCCCACGACGCGCUCCACGACGCGCCCCACGACGCCCCCACCCCCCGCCGGCGCGCGGGAUCCCUCCGCCCGCGGCUCCUUCCGCGCCAACCAGCCUGGGCCGGCCGCUCGGCGCGACGGCCGUCCGGGGUCCCCCGUGGCCGCGCUCCGUCGUCCAAGUCCGGCUCGUGUCCCUCGUGUCUCCUCCCCGCCCAGCAUUCCGUGCCUCCCCUGCGUCGCCCCGGGAGCCGAGCCCCGCGACGCGCCCGCCGCGGCUCCGCCUACCCCGGGGCCCCGCGCCCGGCGCUGCCCGCUCGCUCGCCUCCUGCCCUUUGCCACCUCGCGGCGUCCCUGCGCGGCUCCCUCCUCCGCGCGUCGGAGGCCGAGCGCCUUCCCCGGCUUUCGCCCCGGGGUCCAGCGGUCGGGGCUUCCGCGCGCGUCGCGUGCCCCGCCCCGCCGCUCCAUUCCGCCCGCUCCCUCGCGGCCCCGCCCCCGCCCGCGCUCUGCCCGGGGGCGCGACCGCGCGGCGCUGCGGGGCGGGGGGCGGGGACUGUCGGUACCGCCGCGGGGUCGCGCUGCGCUGGGGGACGGAGGACGAGCCGGGGCUCGCAGAAUCUGUGCUGGAUUUGGAAGUGGUCGCCUCUGACUCAACGCCGAGAGCUGGAGCAGUUUGAAAUCAUCGUGUUGAUUUACUGGUCACACCCCGUUGCCCUUCACCUGCCCUUCACCAUUAGGAUGUGAGCUCGUCUCUAGGACAUAGGGUAGGUACUUAAGUCCUUGAUGAGUAAGUGAAUGGUAUGUUUUCUGUGAUCAAAUGGACUAACCAGACAGUCCCUGUCUGAUUCUGCCAAAAUUGUGUAGACAACACCUGUAAGUGAGAGUUGAAAACAGCUAUUCUGUUUGUAAAUGUUUUGGGUUUCUUUACCUUGUGUGCUUUAUUUCUGGCUAUUCUUUGACAAGGAGAGUGAGAAUCAAGGCCUUGUGCCCAUCGCUUUUCUAGCUGCUCACAGCUUGUCCUCACUGCCUUGCCCUCACCCUGACCUCAGGUAGGCAGAUACUUGGCAGGCAACGCCUUCUUCCUUUGGGGCAGUCGCAGACGCUUUUUGCUUGACAGAAGUUUGGGGUGGGGGAAGGGAAGGAUUAUCUGGUUCAGUGUUACCAGCACGCUCAGCUGGAGCCCGUGGUCUUUCUGUCUUAGGCAGGAGAGCAGAGGAGAAGAAAGCACCUUCUAGUUUCCCCUUCCUCCUUUCACGUGUACUUCUUUAGUCUGUUCAGUAAAUAAAACUGAUUUUUUCUGAAGAA